UAGCAAUUAGAUGUGCGUAUUCGGAUUCUGAAAGUACGAGUCCGUUGCACCGCCGAAUGAGGGUUGCUUUAUUUUAGACUUUUAGCAAAGCUUCGAAAAAUGGCGGUAGAAAGUGUGCCCUCGUAAACACUGGUUGUAGUUCUUGAUCGGAGUUUCCUUUUCUGCUGACACGAUGGGGUCUUGCAACGAAGAAUCUGAAGAUGAACCUGGAGUCUCUCCCAUUAGGGCUCUCGGCUCUCUCUUUAAGUUGACCGAAGUCUUUCUCUGGGACGAGGAGACGGAAGUAGCUAGACGAGUGGAAAGUCGUUUAGCUCUUGAUGCUGAUGAUGCCAAUAACGGAAAAUCCGUGGAGAAAAUCUGUUCUACAAUCAGUGGUAUCAGCUUAUUACCGGAGGAUAUCGAACUUACUGAACAGAUGAAUGCUUUGGGCCUUCCUCUUUCAUUCCACACAAACAAAGAACAGAAGAGAAUUGGAAUUACCAUGGUUAAAAGAAAAGCAAAUGUCAAGCACUCUAGAAUUCAGCAAGGAUUUCUAGACAAAGAAGUGGAGUUUCCUAAAGCGAGCAGCAGGGAGGAGAUUGUAGCUAAUAGUACUUUCAAUGAUGACGCAACAGGUUCUCUAUGCAGCUAUUCUAUGGUGAAUCAAAGUGAGACUUCUGAUCGUGAUGUGGUGUUGGACACCAAUGAAAUCCAUGUUAUCUUUGAUGGAGAUAUUUCACGUAAUUCAAGUGGAGUUAUCAGUGGUGCUGUUGAAGAACAAUUUUGUGAUGUUAUGUGUGAUAUUGUGCUGAAUAAUGGGGGAGACCAUGAAUUAAGCUCAGACGAUGCUGUGCUGGGGGAUCAUACAAAAGUUAGACUGAGUUCAAUUGGUUUUGAUAAGGGUUAUUCUCCAAGACUGCGUACCACAGGUCUUGAUGUCGGCCAUGGCAAGCAGGAGGAAGUUGAACCACCUAUGGAGUCAGAAGGUUCUUCCACAACUUUCCAAGAUACUGAAGUGCAGAAGAGUGACACUGAUAGUGGCAUUGUACUACCAGAAGUAGCUGAACCAUGUUUCCUUCGUAUGGAACCGGACUGUAAUGAAAAUGACCAAGUUGUUGGAUGUAUUCAUGAAUCUGGAGACUGGAUGGUGUACUGGGAUUCUUUUUAUAUGAGAAACUACUUCUACAAUAUAAAGUCACAUGAGUCUACUUGGAAUCCUCCUUUAGGGUUGGAACAUUUUGCAUCAUCUGAUGCCAAUUUCACUCCUAAUGAAUCAACUGCCGAAGUUUGUGAAAUGGAUGUAUUAGAAGAUGUAAAAUCAGAAGAUAUUUGUAGGGUGCUCGGUGAUACCGAGUGUAUGAAUUUACUUGGUGAUAGUGUUCACUGUCAACCACCUGAUGCACUGUUGGAGGGCUCUAGUAGUUUAAUUGAGGGCAUCGAAAGUAGUGCAUUUAUCGAUACUUCAAUUAACUGCUCUAAGGAUGAACCUCAAGAGUGGCUGAUGAGUUGUAGAAAUACCAGGGAAAAUAUUGGAUGCAGUUGUGAAGGUCAUGCCAAGCAAUCAUGUGGUGAGAAUUGCACCAAUGGUUCCCAGUUCAUUGCUGCAAAUGGAGCUUCUGAACAAAUGAUGUUCAGCCAUCACAAACCUAGUAACAUGCACUCACCCGAGAUAGAUUGCAUCACCAUAGACGACGAUGAAGGCACAGCAGGCUUAACUACUAGCAGUGUUUCUCAUAUGCUUCAGCAGGCAGAUCAUAUCGAUGGUGAUAUGCAUUUUGCAAAUGGACCUAUCAUUUGUACACUGGGUACUGUGCAAAAUCUUUCUGUAAGAAAUAGGAAAAGGAAAAUGAAAAGAACACGCAGACGUGGACAAUUAUCUGAUAGAAAUGAAGGAUUUCGUUCUUUUGCAAUCACUGAAGAGUAUCCCACAAGUAUUACUAAGUAUUGGUGUCAGAGGUAUCAACUUUUCUCCAGAUUUGAUGAUGGUAUAAAAAUGGACAAAGAAGGAUGGUUUUCUGUAACUCCAGAGCCUAUAGCUAGGCAUCACGCCUCACGUUGUGGUAGCAAUAUGAUCAUUGACGGUUUCACCGGUGUUGGUGGAAAUGCCAUCCAGUUUUCCCAAAGGGCCAAACAUGUUAUUGCAAUUGAUAUUGAUCCAACAAAGAUUAGAUAUGCCCAACAUAAUGCUGCUAUAUAUGGUGUUGAAGAUCAAAUAGAUUUUCUAAAGGGGGACUUCUUCCGUUUAGCCCCACACCUCAAGGCUGACGUUAUAUUCUUAUCACCUCCUUGGGGAGGCCCUGAUUAUGCCGGUGUAGAUAUUUAUGACCUGACCAAGCUCAAACCACAUGAUGGGUAUUUUCUCUUCAACGUUGCUAAGAAAAUUGCUCCCCUCGUUGUCAUGUUUCUUCCAAAAAAUGUUAAUCUCAACCAACUAGCAGAGCUGUCUCUUUCUUCUGAUCCUCCGUGGUCACUUGAGGUUGAGAAAAACUUUUUAAAUGGCAAGUUGAAGGCGAUUACUGCUUACCUUAGCAAUGGCAACAUAAACAAAGACAAUGUCACCUAAUGCGUGAUAUCAUAUACUCCUUUUGAGAAAUUCUCCAGCAAUUUUGAUGGCUAAGAUGCUUAAUUUAUUGGCUUGACAAAACAUUUUGGCGGACAUGGAGGAAUAGUUCAUUGUACAGUCAACAAAACUCUUAUAAUGAAUGUGUCAUUAUUCUCUCAUGGGUCAAUGUUCCCAUAGCCCCAUUGUACAAACUACAAAGAUGGGAUAUUUUUGUAAGCUUCAGUUAGAUCAGAUAGAGACUAUUACAAAUACAAAGUUAUUUCCAGUGAAACAAGAAGGUGAUCAUGGUUCACGAGCCAACCAACUGCAUCCAAGGGAUUUGAAGAUAAAAGAAGAAAUGACAUUCCUUUACUAUCAAACCAAACCAAUGCCGAGUGCUCUAUUCCUGGUCAAACAUGGCAUGGCAGAUAAGUGCUGCAACAAUCAUUUACGUCCGUUGGUUCUUACAUUAUUAUGUAUAAAUGUUAGAUGAGAGAAUUAUAUUUUCGUCCUUCGAGAAAAACAUCAUCAUAGGUUGGUCUAGUGUCAAAAAGAAAGUAGAUAGUCUCAAUAACUAACUAAAAGGUCACGAGUUCAUUCCAUGAUGACCACUUAUCUAUAAAUUAAUUUUCUACGAGCUUCAUGUA